AUAUGACGGUGUUUCUAAUUUAAGACAUUACUUGGCCGGGUUAAACGCACCGUCCCACCGUCACAGUAAACAAAGCAAAAGUGGUUGUGAAAUAUACAUCAAGGUGUAUUAAACCAGCAAAUCAUCCUGACGAUAGCUAGCUGAUAUAUACCAGGUAUAUACAUACGACACGUUUAUUAGCAAUUUGUUUGUCUACUGGUAAAAAUGGCUGGUAAAAUUGAAGUGCAGUCGGUUCAUAAGCCUGCAGUGAAACGACAUGACAUUAGUAAAUUGGACCUGGCGUUUGCUAUGGAUUGUACCGGAAGUAUGGGGUCCUACAUUGACUCCGCUCGGGAAAACAUUCGAAAGAUCGUGGAGGAGAUAGUGGCCAGUGAGAAAAGCGACGUUCGUUUGGCUCUUGUCAACUACCGGGACCAUCCCCCACAAGACAGCACGUUUGUCACACAGGUGCACGACUUUACCGCCUCACCUAACACGAUGAAAGGGUGGCUGAGCGCGACUUCAGCAGCGGGAGGGGGAGAUACACCGGAAGCUGUCGCCGACGCUCUGCACGAUGUUCUGAAAUUGAGUUGGAGGGAGGAUGCUACAAAGAUAUGUGUGUGUAUCUCCGACGCUCCUCCACACGGCUUGGGUGAUAGUGGCGAUAGCUUCCCAGACGGAUGUCCUGCCGGAAUUGACCCUAUAAACGUCGUCAACCAGAUGGCAGAAAAGGGAAUAACAUUAUAUAUAGCCGGUUGCGAGCCAAGCAUUACGCCGUACAAGAACUUUUUCAUGGCGAUCGCCUACAAUACAGGUGGACAGUACGUGCCAUUAAGCCGGGCUCAGGUUCUCACCCAGGUAAUUGUAGGCGGUGCUCAGGAGGAAAUGGCCCUGGAGCGGCUUAUGGAAGAAGUGAAUGAGGAAGUAAACGCCGACAUCGCGGCCGGACGAGCCAUCGACGAAACAGAGAUGUCGAGACGGGUACAUUCUAAAAUGGCCUCCAAAGGUAUUCGUUCAAAGCAACUGCAGAGAAACAAGGCAGACUUAGUGAAUGCAGCGGACGUUCCGGAAGUGAGUGCCCUAUCCAAGCUGACUAAUAUGGCCGAUAUUAAAGCCGCCUUCAAGCCUUCGACUGGCAGUGAGCGCCUUACGUACGCGAGCAGAUCUUUUGGUGGUGCACCGGUCCCAAUGUCGGCCCCUGGCGCCCCGAUGUCGGCCAUGAUGUCAUCUCCGGCGGAAGGCGAGCAUUAUGAUGUUGCAGAAGCACCAAUAACUAUCGCUCAGUCACAUAGAAUGGUGAAGAAAAGUCUGGCGAGAAACAUGGUCAACAAAAAAUAAUAUUUUAGACACAGACACCAGAUAACGUGACAAUUUUUAAAGAGGAAUGUGUUUCCCAAGUGACCGUUUCGUUUUGUGUUUUUUUAAAAACCCAUGAUAUAUAUUACAUACAUGUAUCAUAAAAUAUCAUGUGUUACCAUAAAAUAACAAAUCAUAUAUUGGAACAUCACCUGCUCUUAUGUACAUUCUUUCUUAGUAUCGGACAUAUUUUUAAAACCAGGAAGUAGGUUGUAUUCUAAGUCUUCGUUUUUCACUUUCUUUUGACUGUAUACUGUAUACCAAUACUAGUGAUGAAGUGUGAUUGAUGUUUAUCAUAAUGUUAAUAGUAGGAAGAUUAUUUGUCAGUUUCUUCGUUAUGUCGCUCCAUUUCUUUCAUUUUCGGAAAACCAGUAUCUGUAUUCCAGGAACAAAGAGGUCGUGAUGUUUUGCUUUCAAACCUACAUUUCUACAUUUGCAUUUCAUGCGUAGUUAAUUUUUAAUGUAAUUUCAAGGAAGAAAUCCAAGUUUUCCAUUGCAAGUUAGCGACGUACCAUACAUUUAUAUGUUCAUGUAACAUGUAUGUUUACCACUUUACAGUAUACGCGCAAUGUUGCCCUACCUUGUUUGUACUUGUGCGAGUAUAUUCACCACUGUACAGUAUACGCGCAUUUGUGCCGUACCGUAUAUGUACUUGUGCGAGUAUAUUCACCACUUUACAGUUUACGCGCAUUUGUGCCCUACCUUGUUUGUACUUGUGCGAGUAUAUUCACCACUGUACAGUAUACGCGCAUUUGUGUCGUACCGUAUAUGUACUUGUGCGAGUAUAUUCACCACUGUACAGUAUACGCAGAUUUGUGCCGUACCGUAUAUGUACUUGUGCGAGUAUAUUCACCACUAUACAGUAUACGCGCAUGUGUGCCGUACCGUAUAUGUACUUGUGCGAGUAUAUUCACCACUGUACAGUAUACGCGCAUUUGUGCCGUACCGUAUAUGUACUACUGCGAGUGUAUUCACCACUUUACAGUAUACGCGCAAUGUUGCCGUACCGUAUAUGUACUACCGCGAGUGUAUUCACCACUUUACAGUAUACGCGCAAUGUUGCCGUACCGUGUAUGUAAUUUUGCGAGUGCAUUCACCACUGUACAGUAUACGCGCAAUGUUGCCGUACCGUGUAUGUAAUUUUGCGAGUGUAUUCACCACUUUACAGUAUACGCGCAAUGUUGCCGUACCGUGUAUGUAAUUUUGCGAGUGCAUUCACCACUGUACAGUAUACGCGCAUUGGAUAUUUGCAAUACUUUAUUGAACUUCGGUUAUCAGUAUAUAUUUUAUAUAUUCCCAUUGAUGUAUCGAUUUAAUGUUGAAUAAUUUGAAUAAUUUGUGAAUAUUUAUGUUAUGUUUUUUUCAUGUUUGUGCAGUAGUUAUAUUAAAAAUUAAAAUUAAGCAUGUAUUGUA